CUAUCUGAUUGAUUUGUAUAUUAUUUUAUUUGAAAAAUAAUAAGUUGAUUUAUUACAUAAUUGCUUUUCGGUAAGACUUCAAUCAAUAACUUUUAUCAGUUACCUCGUAUUUAGGAUGCAGAAAUUACAAUUUUCAGUUCAAUAGAAAUACGCUUGCGCAGAUUAACACAAAUCAGAUAAAGUAGUAAUAAAAAUAAAACUGUAGUAAUGAAUAUAAAUAAAAGUAUUUGUAAAUAAGUUUAAACAGUUUUUAAAUCAUUGCUAAUAAUUUAUAAAACAGAGUGUUAACAUACAUUCAGAAAAAUGUGCAGACGAAAAAGUAAAGAAGCCAUAAAACACACGAAGCCCUCGUAGGUCUACAAAUUAAUUGUAAAUUCGAAAUAAUUUAAUUAGUUGUAUAACCUAGUCGAUUAAAAAUUAAUUAUGAGUUUUAAAACAAUCCCAACAUUACUAGUCACAGCUAAUGUAGGCUCAAUCUUUGAAGAUCCCAAUCAAAUGCUAAAGAUUUGGACAGAAGAAUUUUUAUUAACAAUUUCCAAACUUGAUCCAAAAUUUGUGGCUCUUCAUUGUCAAGAAGUCGGGGGUAAAAAUUAUGAAAACAGUAUGAAACAUGUUGAAAACUUUGUUAGUUUGUUAAUGACUAGUAAUGAACUUCGACUAUUUGAUAAAGUUAGAAUCUUUUUAGAUGAGGAUUAUAGUUCAGCUGAAAAUUUUACAGCCCUUGGAAAUUUCUACUUUUUCCAUGAAUCAGUAAAGGACAUUUUAAUAUGGAAUUUUAAGGACCUGCAGUUUGAACCGGUUGAAGACAAGGAGAUACAUUCAGGAAAUAUUGAAUCUGUUGCUACCAAGGAAAAGGCCAAAUUUCCACAAGAUUUCUUUCCUGAGUGUAAAUGGUCAAGAAAAGGCUUUUUAAGGACAAGAUGGUCAAUUAGUGGAACAGUUGUAGAUUUGGUAAAUAUUCAUUUGUUCCAUGAUGCUUCAAACUUUAUUGCAAUGGAAGCGUUUCCAUCAGUCUAUUGUCAAAAUAGACGCAGAGCUUUAGAGCACACUCUGCAGCGCUUCCAUAAUGACAUACAUGGACGAGCACCUUACUUUCUUUUUGGAGACUUCAAUUUUCGAACAGAUACAGAUGGAGUUAUAAAGAAAUUGACGGAGGGGUUAAACAGUACAAAAGUUCCAAAUGCUAUAAAUAUGGAUUUUACAAAACUUCAGUUCACAGAUGAAAACAGUCAGCUUAUUUUAACAGUAGGAAAAAAAGAAUUCAACCACUGUGAUCAUCAAAAAGUUUUUUUAAAGGAUGACAGUACUUGGUUAAAAGAACUGGACAGAGAAGUGGAAGCUUUUGAUAGCCAUUUGACUGAAUUCUUGGUCACAUUUCCACCAUCGUAUCCUUUCGAGGAAAAAGUUCUUCAAGGGACACAGUAUAUGCUGACGAGAUGUCCCGCAUGGUGUGAUAGGGUUCUUCUAAGUCAUACUGCCAAGAAGCUUAUAGCAGACGAGAAAAAGGUUGAAUAUGGUCUCAUAGGAUGGAACACUUGUAUGGGUGAUCAUAAGCCAGUGUACUUACUACUAGACAUCAAGGAGAAUUCAGGUACAUUAAAGUGUUGCAUGCACACGCCCUUCCAAUGCUUGCCUGAGCUCUGCCAGUGUUGCCAGUUGUUUGCUUCUGUGUCGAUAAAUGUUAUCGAUAUGAGCGAUUAUUUGGUAGGCGCAAAAAUGACCCGCGUAGCUUCGACACAGCAGCGACAGCCGCCUGUUAUCAGUUCGAAUUUUUUGCACGAACCAAUAACGCGUGACAUGCUCACGCAUGAUCCUUACACCCCCGAAAGUACCGACUCCCAUUCACCCAUUCCUAUGACCGAAAACAAAUCCAAAAUACGCUCGGGAUCGGUUUCUCCCGAGGAGCUAAUGCGGAAACUUGAGAAUAUCCUAUCUACCGAUAAGAGUACCGAAAAGACGGGAAAUUUCCGAAAACGUGCGAUGACCGAAAUAACAAGAAAAGCGACAAGGGUGAGACUCGGCUCACAGGGUAGCGCUCAUUCGUUGAAUCGAAUGAAUAGUCAUCAUAGCUCGAGUGACGAAGACUGGUUCGAAUUUGACGAAAUUGUCGAGUCGAGACGCGGUAGUUGCAGGGAUGAAAAGUUUACAAAAGCAGAAGAAAGGGUUGAUUUGAUUUACGACUCGGGUCCGGUGGUUAAAGAUGAUAUUACACAUGUUAUUAAAAUUGAAGAAAUGUCUACGGACGAUAAGAAAACUAACGUUGGAAGUAAUAACGAUCUAAAUACUAAAAAAAGUAAAAGGAAAAGGUUUAGGGGGGCGAAUAUUAAGUUUAAAAAACGGGUAGUUUGUUGCAUUUUGAUGUAGUAGUUUGUUGUGCGUAAAAAAGUAGCUGAAUAACGUAAAUUGAACUAGUCGUUUUAGUCCGGUCUGUGUAGUCCUAGAAAAAAGAGAAGAUAGGAAGAAAUUUAUUAAUCACUGCACUAAAUUUAUUUGGAAGGUUAAAAUAUUAUUUUGGUAGUAGGUUUUCAGACUAAGAAAGACAAAAAAUUCAGUAAAAAAUCGCAACGUAUUAUUAUUAAUAACAUGAAAACUUAUUAUUGUAAAGACUUUAAUUUAUUAAAAUUUAUAUGAAGCCUAUAUAUGCAUAUGUUUGAAAUAGUUUUUAUUUACAGAAAAACCCAGUCUUAUAUUUUUUUCCUGGCUACACACUGCACACAUUAGAUUAGACCGAUUUAUAUUGUUUGUUAUGCGUAGUUGUCCGUAUUA